AUCAAUAUUCUUGAAAUUUCGCGUUGCAGCAUCGAGUGUUGGCUUGACAUGGCUGCGUUAACUCCUUUCAUCAAUGAUGUAGAAGAGAAGGUUAUUUGUUUCAUUUGUAGUAAAACCUUUACAGAUCCUAAAACUUUGCCAUGUUUGCACAGUUACUGUACAAAAUGUAUCACACAGUUGUACGAGAAGAGCGAAGAACUUGGGGAGGUUUAUGCUUGUCCUCAGUGUCAGACACGAAUCGACUUGUCGGAAGGAAGAGAUGCUGAUCAACGGCGUUCCUUCUACAUUGAUGCUCUUUUGAAAUUACUUGUCGCUAUGAAAAAUUCUUCAAUUCAAGAUAAAGAAGAGGAGGAAGAUAUGAUAAGAAGUGAAUGUACAAGCUGUGAAAAAUACGCCAAUCUUGUUGCAUUUUGCCCACARUGUAAAGGAAUGAUUUGUCAAGAGUGUCUUGGUGCCCACAAAAGCGUGAACCAACUCCGACGUAAACAUCAGGUAGCCAUGUUAAAUGAAUUCAAGCAAGAAAACUUGAAAGAUUUUGUCGAAAAACAAAUGUUCUGUAUGGAAGAAUCCCACGAGGAGAAUAGUGAUCAGCCAACGGGUCAAUAUUUUUAUUGCAAAGAAGAGACUUGCAAACGCUUUAUUUGCCARUGCUGCUUAUUAUUGGCCCACAGAAACCAUAACACAGAAAUGGUAGAAAAGGCAGGAAAACAGUUCAAGAAAACUAUAAAAGAAGACAUCGAUAGACUUAAAAAAGUCAAAGAGGGCUACGAAGARGAGCUAUCGCUAUCCAAWCAAAACAUGGYUCGCAUUUUAARCGAAGUAGAAUUAGCCAGGCUUAAAAUCGACGAAGAAAAGGAUGCCGUAAUCAAGAUGGCUAAUGACCACGCUAAAGCAAUGAACGAAGCUUUAGAUAAACUGUUACUUGACCAACGAACUGCAUACCAAGGUGAGCAAAGCACUAUUAACGAAGUUAAGAAGCAAGUAACUGAAUAUCAGGGCCGAUGUCAGAAUGUCAUUGAAAGAAAUAUAACGUACGAUAUGUUUGAAAGACAAGAACUAAUUCAAGAAAGUACUAAAGCUUUAUCACAACCAUCUUUCAAACCAAUGAAGCGCUUGAGAGUACGAUACCGCAGCGGUGACUAUGCUCAUUUUUUGGCCUCGGGUAUUGCGGGAAGCAUUGUUGAAAGCGUGAUUGACCCCUCACGCAGUUCCAUCGAAUCGCUGAAAGAGGUUAGACAAUGUUUUUUGAAUGAGUUUGAAAUCGUAACGAGAAAUUCAGACGGGAAAAUGUGGUAUGCACAAGAUGAGCGGAUUUGCAUAUCAGUCACUCCCUCGAACACUACUGGGGCUUAUGAUAUAUUGACAUCCUUGAAUAAAGAAGUUAUUGACGAGAAAAAUGGAAGGUACCGCGUGAGAUUUAGAGCCGCGGAAGCCACACAAUACGAAAUUAAAGCGAGCAUUGGCGAAAGAGAUGUUGGAAGUGAACCGAUCAAGAACUCACCUCAAAUCAUAAACACACUAAGUAUUGAUUCAAAAUUCAACCCUCUAAAAACCUUUGGAGAAUAUGGUGUGGGUAAAGGGCAGCUACUGGUUUCCAGGUCCAUAGCCAUUGGCGAUGGAAAGAUUGCAAUUGCGGACUCUGCAGCUCAUCGCAUCCUAUUAUUUGAUCUUGACGGAAAGAAUUUGCGAGAAUUUGGAAGUAAAAGGCUGGAAGGAGGAGGAGGGGAACUAACCUGGCCAUUUGGCGUUACCUUUUUCAAAAGCAAGCUAAUUGUCAGUGAUUAUCCAGGAAAUGGUAGAAUACAGGAGUUUGGCUCAGAGGGUACUUAUUUAAGAACUAUUUACAAACCUGAAGAAGAGUUCAUACCACGUGGAAUGUGUGCUGCUGAUGAUAACGUUGCUGUGUGCUGCUGGAGAAAUGAAGGAGAGGGGAGUGUUCUGCUGCUUCUUGAAGAAGUAGAAGAAGAAGAAGAAGUGAUAAACGAAGAGUUUACCGUUACAGGGCUCCCCUUACACAUCACUUUUGGCGACCGUAAAUACUUUGUAUCGUUUGUUAACAAAAACUACAUUCAUGCCUUCAAUAAACGUGGUGGUCUGUUGUUUACAUUUAGAGACCUGGAACAAGUGGAUGGGCUACUUAAUACAGUGUGCGGCUUAUCCUUUUAUGGUGGUGAAAUGAUUCUUGUUUGUGAUGGUAAUAACCAUAGAGUGGAGCAGUACACAAAGGAAGGGAGGUUUGUGCAGUCAUUUGGUACUAUUGGUUCAGGCAUUGGUCAAAUGCUUCACCCUCUUGAUGUAGCCGCUUCGGCUGAUGGACGAGUGUUCGUGUUAGAGUCGGAAGGUAAAAGAGUGCAUGUGUGGAAGUAGCUCUAUGACGCGAAAUACAAGUCAAAAUACAUGUAUAAAUACAUGUAUCAAAUACAAGUAAGCUAUUGUUUUCAACAAUAGAACUUGACACUUUUUGUGACAUUGAUUGCGCAUGUACAAGAAUAUGGCGGAUUCUUCGACGUCAGAUUUCUACGUAACGUACUAUGCUGAAUGUUUGAGAAAUACUAUACCUCCAACGAUAAUAGAUGUAAACGAUACAUCUAUUUGGGGAAAAUUCAAUGGAAACAAYAAACCAGUAGAAAAAAAAUUAGAUAGAGCCCUCAAUUUCCUCCAAGUUCCUCCAUAAACUCAUUUAAGUCUGUUCCAUCCCGGUAUAUCUCAUUCGUCGCAAAAAUAUUACAAAGUUAUGAUCGCCUUUGGACGUCCUCUGAUUGCCCCCGUGUUAUUUUUAUGAAGACGUCUCACAGUUUGACAAAAGUUCUUUAACCUGAGAACGGCAAGUUGGUUGCACAUUGUCAUUACUGAAGGAAGCUUUCCUUCGAUGUUUAACUGUGAGMCUAUAAAGCAGCAUAUUUUAUAGUGGGCUUAGAGGCGUUUUUGCUGAUCAACAUUUUGAUUCCUUGUAUUUUUUGCCUCAAUUAGCGAAGAGGUUACUUCAAGAAACUUUGAUAUUUCUUCUGAAAAGCCACUCAUUUUGCAGUCAGUAACGACUAGUAUACUUUACUUAGUAGUUAUUUAAUGCCUUUUGACCUGAAAAGCCACUCAUUUGCAGUCAGUAACAACUAGUAUACUAGUAGUUAUUCAUGCCUGUUGACCUCUGUUAGUUAUUAAAAGGUUUUCAACAUGGUCAAGUAUAAUAAUAUCUUUCACUUUCAUUAACUAAAACGGAUUAAUAAAACAACCAAUCAUG